AUGGCCGUGGUUGUCUCUGCAAAAGUGCUAGAGAAGGCUUCAGAGCCUGCAGCAGUGCAAUCGACCGAGCCAUGCCUCCUUUAUCGGUCGCUGAUCGAGCGGCCGAGCAACGUGGAGAUGGCAACUGGCAGCUAUCUCUAUCUAGAUGACGGGCGCAAGAUCCUCGACGCCUGCGGCGGAGCAGCAGUGGCGGUCCUGGGACACGGAAACGCCGAAGUGAUCGGAGCUGUGAUGAAGCAGAUGCAAAAGGUGUCGUAUGUGCACACUCUAUCGUACGGCACAGACUCGUCCGAGGAGCUGGCGCACGCGGUGCUGCACUUUUCCGACGGCAGUUUCGACCAUGGCCUUGUCAAGGCCUUUUUCGUCGGCAGCGGCAGCGAGGCCAACGAUGCUGCGAUGAAGUGUGCGCGACAGUACUGGUACGAGAAGGGCGAGACGCAACGGCGGUUCUACGUGGCGCGCAAGCAGAGCUAUCACGGGAACACGAUUGGGAGCAUGUCGAUCUCGGGCAUGGCCGGCCGCAAGAUGCCGUACAACGAGAUUUUACCGACCAAUGUGUCGUUUGUCAGCGCAGCCGAUGCCUUCCAUGGCCGAAAGGCCGACGAGACAGAGGCAAUGUUUGUCAGCAGGCUGGUGGCCGAGUUAGAGGCCGAGUUUGUGAGGCUGGGGCCGGAGAAUGUGAUUUCGUUUAUCGGCGAGACGGUCAGUGGCGCGGCACUCGGCACGCUUGCAGCUCCGACGGGUUACUGGCGAUCGGUGCGCAACCUCUGCGACAAGUACGGCAUCCUGCUGCACAUGGACGAGGUGAUGUGCGGCACCGGGCGGACGGGCUCGUACUUUGCCUUUGAGCAAGAGGGCAUCCGGCCGGACAUUGUGACGGUCGGCAAGGGUCUCGGCGGCGGCUAUGUGCCCAUUGCCGGGAUGCUCGUCGGCGAUCGCGUCGUCGACGCCCUCCGACACGGUUCAGCCACCUUCAACCACGGUCAGACGUAUCAGGCCCAUCCGGUCUCGUGUGCCGCCGCUCUGGCAGUGCAGACGAUCCUCCGGCGGGAUGGCCUCGUGGCGCGGGUGGCAGCCCGCGCCAAGACGCUGCAGACACUGCUGCAGGCAGCUUUUGCCGGCUGCGUCCACGUGGCCGACAUCCGGGGCCGUGGUUUCUUCUGGUCGGUCGAGUUUAUGCAGGACAGCACCAGCCGGCAGCCGUUUCCACGGCGCGUCAACUUUGGGCCGCACGUGCAGCGGGUGGCGUUUGACAAGGGCGUGGCCGUGUAUCCGGGAGCUGGAACGAUCGACGGGAUUCUCGGAGAUCAUGUGCUGCUGGCGCCGCCAUACAUGGCGUCGGACGAGGAGCUGCGCACGGCGGUAGCUACGUUGCGGGAGGCGUACGACGAGGUGGUGAAGAGCCUAGAUUAG